AUGGGCCCUUCCGGAGCUGGGAAAUCAACCCUCAUGAACCUCCUGGCUGGUUACCGGUAAGCCAAUGCCCUUUCCUCAGAAAGAGGCAUGUUUUUCACUGAAGGGAUUGGGAUCUUUACAACUCCUGCUUUUAACUGUUGUUGCAUUGUCAGGUUUAUGUCCUGUAAUGAGCAUAUAUCACAUGAUGUUUGAUGUCACAUGUGGCGAUCACACAGGGUCCCCAGACGUUUGACGGUCUAUUGAUCACUGUGAUUGCUUCCCUGCUGCCACCAACCCGUUUCUCUCGGGUAAACACAGAGUCCAGACAGUUGUUAACAUUAAAUCAAAUAAGCAAGUUUAUUUUAUAAGCAUUAACAAGUUUAUGGUUUCAAAUAAUUUUUCUUGUCAGUUUCUUAAUCUUAGUUACUUUACCAGCCUAUACCUUCCUAAUAACUGCUAACUGAUUAUCCCAAAUGUUUAUCUGACUCCUCCUACAGUUACUCUCACUCUCUCACAUCAAAACUAGACCAACCCACAGACUUAUUCUCCCUCUUCUUUCUCCAACUCCCAACUCUAACUCCUCCCCUUGGGUUCCCACUGGCCAAUCACUUCACACUCAUUUAACCCUUUCCUUAUUUAACCUAGGAGGGCAAACACCACAUCACGUGAUGAACACGGAUAAUCUUUUCCAGAACAGGGUGGGGAACUAUUUUUCCUAUAUCUGACCUGCCCUCACAGGCCAAAUUUGACUAGUAGGCAGAUCCUCAGCCAGCAUAGCCAAUGGUUUGGGGUGAGUGGAGUGGGCGACGGCUCCACAUUUUAAAGGACCCUGGCCAAUUUACCCUUCAUGGAGCUCCUCCAGCGCUGACCCCCACAUCUUCACUGUGGUGGGUCUUGUCAAUGUGGCCCCUAUUUGAGUGUGGGUCAUUGGCAAAUGCCCAACCACGUUGACUGUUGGUGCCAGCUCUCAAGAGAGAAUGCCAGGGGAAAGCCCAUCUAGAUCUAUCCCAGCCCUUGACCUCUCCCUUCCUUCAAGCUGGGAACGCUGAGAUCAAUGCAGGCUUUUCCAGCUCCAUGGACGUAGCUCAAGUGGCAGUGAGCCUCUGGCUUUCCAGAUGUUGCCAAAGCACAACUCCCAACAUCCCAGGUCACUGUUGUCGUUUACAGGGAGACAGGCAUGAAGGGGCAGAUCCUCGUGAAUGGGCGGCAGAGGGAGCUGCGCACCUUCCGGAAGAUGUCUUGCUACAUCAUGCAAGACGACAUGCUCCUGCCGCAUCUCACCGUGCGCGAGGCUAUGAUGGUGAGCAGGGGAGAAACGGGGCCCGGAAAUAUUUGGGUGAUAGUGUGGGGGUGGGGGGUUGUACCAGGAGAAACCUAGGAGGAAUCUGGACUUCCAGAGAUGUGCAGAGGUCAAGAUGGAAGAGAAUCACGCCCUGGUGGCAACAGCAAUGUCUCUCUUCCCAACCCACUUCACCUCAUGGAUUCCACAUUAUGGAGCUUAUAGCCUGAGAGAAGAUUACUGUCAGGAUCCUAUUGGUACACCACCUCCUGACUCAUUCCUCCUCAAACUGCAGAGGGCUGCAGUUUUAUUGUUUUUAAGCAUUGUAUUUUGUAAACGGGGACAUGGUUCUGUGGUGGAAUGCGUAAGUGUUUUGCCCCAUAUUUAAACAAACAGUCACUGUCUGUGCCUCAGAGUAGGCUCUGUCAGGAAUUUGAUUUCUGUGAAUUUCAAAGCAAAGUUGCCUAAUGUGCUUCUCCUGGGGUAGCUACAGAUCAGAAUGCCAUUAUACUUCAGGUUUUGCUUUUUUUAAAAAAAAGUGAUAUAGUUAUUGACGGAAAACAAGAAAUACGUCUUAUAAAUGCCUGCUUUAUGUUUCUAAAUGUAUCUCUUGUGGUUAAAAUACUUAUUUAUAAAUGAAUUUUCAUCCAAAACAAUUUUUAAUAUGCAAAUUAAUACGGAAUAAACUUAUGAAUAAACACAUACAAGACUGACAGGGGUUGGAAACUGAUUUGGCCAUCUCUUGUGUCAGGGAGAAAGCCUGUUUAGAACCGUCCACUUUGAGUAUGGGAAGAUUUUUUUUUUAUUUAGUUCAUGUGGGAGAAUCCCUGAAAGAUAUGAUGCUUCCACAGUUCAGUAAAACACCAUGUGGUUUUGAUUUCUUGUGUAGCUCAGCUCUAAUGUCUCUGGUGCAGUUAUGGCAGUUCUUAUUUUUUAAAACCUGAGCCAGUGCCGGGUUUAUGUAUAAGCUAAAUAAGCUAUAGCUUAGGGCCCCAUUCUCUUGGGGGGCCACCAAAAUAUUAAAGAAAAAAAAACCUGGAUGUACAUUUCCAAAAUGUAAGAUAAAAAACAAAUGAAAUAAAACCUACAUACAGCAACAGUGUUUUGUGUUGUGUAGGCUCCUAUGAUGUUAGUCAUGGGUCCCGCCUGCUAGCCUGCUCCCUAAAAUAUCACUGGUUUGCUCAUUUCUAUAUAUAGGGUGCCUACAUUCUGCAUGUGCAAGUGGCUUUAGAUACCUAUUAGGUCCAUAAAUUACCAUAUAGCAUAUAGUCAACACAAAAAAACCAGCAACAAUUUUUUGUUGACAAAGGACAGCUGGACAUAUAAAGGGUCCCAUUACCUUCAGUAGCGUAGGGCCUCAUCAAACCUAAAUCCGACCCUGACCUGGGCUAUCCUGAAGCUAGCUGCUCUCAUUUGAGCAUGUAAAACUCCAGGGGUGGUGGUAGAAGGGAUUCCUCCCCCCCUCACAUCCACAGGUGGACAAGGACACCCAUUUUUCAAUCACCCGACAUCCAACGACCUGUUUUUACUCAUGCCACCAACCAUUUGCAGGAACCCCAGCAAACUAGCCUUCAUUAGGCUGCUGAAUGCGCAUUAACCUGCUCAUAUCACUUCCUAAGAAGAACAUUUUCACUUCCCUCCUCAGGUUUCUGCCAACCUGAAAUUGAACGAGAAGCAGGAAGUCAAGAAGGAGCUGGUGAGUUUGCGUAUUUCCCACACUUGAAAACCAAGAGUUGUGUACGUGAUUCCCCCACACGCUGGGCCUCAUCAAGUAAUGAUGGCAAAGGCCCACAUUUCGGGCUGCCCUAUGGCUGCCCUAAUCUGUCCAUUUCUCCCUCACUCCCUCCGUGGGGUCCAGGUGGACGAGAUCUUGACAGCUCUGAGUCUUCUGGAGUGUUCUUACACCCGCACGAUGUCCCUGUCCGGAGGCCAGCGCAAGCGCCUUGCCAUCGCCCUGGAGCUGGUCAACAAUCCCCCUGUCAUGUUUUUCGACGAACCCACCAGGUAAGAUGCCAAGGUGUUUCCAGGCUUCCCUAUCCCUUGAACGUCACCUGGAGAAAGGCAGCAGGACUCAGUUUGUUAAGUUGUGGGCGAACAUAUCAGACGACACAGCAAUUCUUCAAACAGCUCUUCUUUAUUCUGAGGCCAGAACUAACCUGAACUGAAGGGCUCAGUCAGCCUGCUUAUAUAGAGCUCCAGUACCUUGUUACUGUAACAACUUUCUAAAACUAUCCAAUCACUGAACGUCACUUUCGAUCCUUCAUUUGCAUACAAACUAUCCAAUCACUGAACGUCACUUUCGAUCCUUCAUUUGCAUAACUAUCUACAGUAUCCCCCUGCUGGCCCAGGGUGAGAACUUCAGUACAUAACACAGUUAGCAUCCAGUGUAUGUUGCAGAGAUUCCAUGGGCCGCAUUCAGCCUCAGUGUCAAUUCUGGGGGAGAGGGUAGGAGGCAGUGGUAGGAGGAGGCUCCCCACUGGGCAAGCAAUGGUGCAUUUAAGGCUGGAACCUGGGGGUGAAGUCUAGGUGCCCCACAGCCCAGAAGGCAGGAGGUGGGGGGGGGGGGAGAAAUUGCCACCCAAAGAACAGCCCAUGAUGGGGCAAAUGGAGGCUAGCCCACUAUGGCACUCGGGCCCCAAUCUCGGUCUUGAUUCCUCCAAGCCCAUCAGCCUUCUUCUGUCUGCUUCCUUCUCCUUAGGCCGCAUUCACACCAUACACCUAAAGCAGUGUAGUGCCCCUUUAAAUAGCCAUGGCUUCUUCCCCCAAAGAAUUCUAUUAAUAUGUUUAUCAGGUUGGAUUUUUAAAGAAUUAAGUUUGUUUUUAUUGUUUAUCUGCUUAUUGUUUUCUUCUUUGAUGUACUUUUUUGUCGUUUGUUUUUGUUUGUUAUUCUGUUUUGUGAUAUUUGUGAUAUUCUGUUUUGUUUGUUUGUUAUUCUGUUAUGUGAUAUUUGUUAUAAUUGUGGAAAACCUAAUAAAAAAAUUGGGGGGGGGGAGAGAAUUCUGGGAGCUGUAGUUUGUUACGGAUGCUGAGAGUCGUUAGGAGACCCCCGACUCCUUUCCCAGAGCUCCAAUUCCCAGAGUUACCCGUGAAGAGGGAUUGAUUGUGUAACCAACUGUAGCUCUGCGAGGGGAAUAAGGGGUACUGUCCCCCGAAAAACAACUUCAGCUAUGCCCUGCUGGUACCGAUCAUGGAGAGAAAACACACACUGAUGCUGUUGCCUUCUAAUAACAACAGGGAACAUUCCUCAGUACCAGGGAAAACACACAAGGUAGACACACCACUCUCAUUUAACGGAAACCACCCAGAAGGUACCUGCCCAUUUCUACACACACACACACACACACACAGAGAGAGAGAGAGAGAGAGAGAGAGAGAGAGAGGGAGAGCUUUCUUUCAAGGAGGGCUGGAAACUUAUUUUCUUUUUAAAAAAUGAAAGCUCAGAGUUUGGGGCAUCUGCCCAGAGUCACCACUUGAAGCCUUCAUGGGUGCCAUGAUGUGUUUGCACAAAGCUGGUAAACCAUAAUUUGGCUUACUGUGUCGUGCAAACCAGGCUACUCUCAAUUUGCCUCCUUCCGCCGUCAUUCACUCCAGCAUUUUCUCUCUUUCCCUGGCUCUGCAGCGGACUGGAUAGUUCCUCCUGCUUCCAGGUGGUCUCGCUGUUGAAAUCGCUGGCCCAGGGCGGUCGCACCAUCAUCUGCACCAUCCACCAGCCCAGCGCGAAGCUCUUUGAAAAGUUUGAUAAGGUGAGGGUCUCUGCGCGCCAUCUGCCUCCAAACCGGGUUAUUGCCGUGGCUCAGUAAAUUCUGCAGGAUCCAGACUGCACCCUGGUAUGGCACUACUGAUGCCAUUGUGGCCCAGGGGUGUGUGCAGGGGGUCUCAGAACCCAUGCUGUACUGCACUGUUCCUGGUUGGAGAGGCAGGCUUUAGGAUCCUUUGUGACCUGUCCAUCCUCUCACCAAAGCUGCCUCCAUUUUGUUUUUGUUUUUUAUCCUCUGUGCCCCCAUCAGUCAGGGCAAUGCAGUCUAAAAAGAGCAGAAUUCUGUGCACAGCCAAGCAAAAUUCGGUGCCAGGGAGAAAGGGAAUUUGUGUGGCCUGCGGAAAAUGAUGCAAGUCGAGCAUAAUUUCCCAAAAGUUGCAGGAUUUGUUCUGCAGUUUUGCAUUGUUUUUUGCCAAGUCACAGGAGGGAGAGAUGAGGACACUGUUACUCUGUCCCCAACCCUGGAAUAUCUCAUUGAGCCGCUUCUGACUGGCUUCUAGAUUUCAGGGGUAUAUCCUCAGCCAUAAGGGCUAGACGCCUGGUUGACGACAAGGAAAAAAAAGCUGAGGCAUUCAGGAAGUUGCUACCACAUUUCGCUUUCUCUGAAUUGUGGCAUACACACAGCCUUGCCAGCUGUGUGAGUCAGAACGGCAAACGGUGCACCCGACACCACAUCUCGAGGUGCGCAAAACCCAAGGCCAGCCAAACUGCUUUGGCAUGUGAUCCUGAACAUCCCACAAGCGCUUCUCCCUGGGAGUAAAAAGGCAAGAAGAAUAAAUUAAAGAAUUAACUAUUUUCUGCCCUUUCAUGACACCCAAAAUCAGCUGUCUGAGGUGGCUGCCUCCCUCUGCUUAACGAUAGGGCCUUCCCAGUAUGUUAGUCCUCAUGAGUGUUUUUCUUUUCUUUUCUUCUCUCUCUCUCUUUCUUCCAGCUUUAUAUCCUGAGCCAAGGUCAGUGUAUCUUCAAAGGUGCAGUGCCCAACCUCAUCCCAUACCUGAAAGGGCUGGGCUUGCAUUGCCCCACCUACCACAACCCAGCUGAUUUCAGUAAGUGAUGGCUUUAAAAAAAUUAAUAGACAAAUUCAUGGAGCCCGAAGGCUGCAUUUUCUUCUGAAGGCCACAAGCCAGUGGUUAGGAAGUUCCAGAGGCAAAUGUGGGUGUAGCAAUGAGCAUACAUUUUACCUUUGUGCAGCAGGCUGGCUUCACACACACCCCUCUCUGACCUCCUUUCCUCCCUCCACCCAGAAUCUGACUUCUUGCAGUAAGGAAAGUGAUGCGCAAAAUGAACCGGAAAGUGAUAAGGCUCGCUUCACACAACAGCAUAUAAAUUCCCAUCAAGCCAUUCGGAACGAUUGCUUAGCAAAUAGCCAACAGUUGCCUGACUUCCCUGCAAAGGUUGUGCAAACAGAUCAGGAUAAAUUGCUCGAUAAACAAGGUUGUCUGAAAGCCGCUGCUUUCUCCUUUGCAGUUAUCGAAGUUGCCUCGGGAGAAUACGGCGACCUAAACCCACUACUGUUCCAAGCGGUCCAGAAUGGGCUCUGUGCCAUGGAGGAGAAGAAGAGCAGUCCGACCAAAGCAGAUUCCUCUUGCCCAGGACACUGCGUGGCAGUAAGCUGGGGCGGGGCGGGGAAAGGGGUUGGCUCUGGCUGCUUGUUUUAUGACUCAAGAAUCCCAAUGUAUACACUCAGACCUAGGGACUGUUUUUCCCAUUCCUCUCUGCACAUCAGAGCACCAUCAUUAGCAGGAAUACUCAUGCUGGUGAAGGGCAGGUAGCUGAAAUAACAAUAACAGUAAAAUCUAAAGAGAAUUGAAUUUGCCAUUAGUAAUACUUACUUACUUACUUACUUACUUACUAUUUAUUUAUUUAUUUAUUUAUUCUCCUGUUUAUUUAUUUAUUUUAUUUAGUAAACCAAUUUAUGGAUCGCUUCAAAGCAUUAAGCCAUUGAAGCAGUGCACAUGGCUAAAAACAGGACAAAACACGGAAACACAAACUUGGAAACAAUAAAACCACCCGUGCAAACUCUAAAAACCACCAGGCAAUUUCCUCGGAUGUAAAUUGGAUCGUCCAUAGAUGACUGGGAAAGCCGUCCUAAGCAAAAAUAAAAAAUAAAUGAAAAUCAGUAAGCACCUAAGACAUCAUGAUACUAGGCGCCUUUUUGAUAUGGGCUGGCAACUGAUUCCAGAGAGCUGGAGCUGCAACACUAAAAGUCUGGUUCCUAGUGCAGGAUGGGUGUGCACCUCUGACACUCAGAAGUGACUCUGACGUGUAUCACUUAUUUCUGUGUUAGCUUUUAGUUUUUGUGGACCACCUUGCAUUUCAGUAUGAUGGAAAGGCAGGCUAAUAAAAUAAACAAUGAUAAAAAUGCACAUGUUCACCACCCAGAUCAUGACAGUUCCACUAACCUCCUUUUCCCCUCCCCCACCCCCUUUCUCUUUUUUUGGCCCUGUGUCACUCUCAGGAUUUGGACCAUAUCGAGAGCCAUACUUUUGCCACCAGCACCAUGACCCAAUUCUGCAUCCUCUUCAAGAGGACGUUCCUGUCUAUUAUGAGAGACACGGUGAGGCUUGGAGGAGGGGCAAGCUGAGAGAGGGAGGAGCUUGAGUUGUGGGAGGAGGAGGAGGAGGAGGGAUGUGGGGUGGGACAUGGGGUAUGGGGUGGACGAUGUGGCUUGUUUUGGGUUGUUGUUGUUUUAAGAGCUAUGCGCGGGGAGCAGAGAGACCUUCCCAGGUUUUUGGGAUCACGCUGUGAUAAGAGAGGCACUCUGCACAUGGAACAGAUGCAUUAUUUUAGGUACUCCAGAAUCAGGGCAAUGAGGAGAUGGUUUGUUUUGAACCCGGGUCCUUCUGCAUGCAAGGCACCUGCUCUACCACUGAGCUAUAGCCCCCAAAGUCAAGACAGAUCUCACCAGGAGCGCCAGAAUCACAGACUUAAGGCUGUGUAUACCCUAUAUCUUUGAAGCACAUUCAAAACACAAAGAAUUCUGGGAGCUGCCGUUUACCCCCCACAGACUUACAAUUCCCAGCAACCCUUAACAAACUACAGUGCUUGGAAUUCUUUUUUAAAAGGUUUAUUUAUUCAAAAGAAAAACAAUACAAUAUUAAAACACAGGGGAAAGGGGGGCAAUGACUGGUGCAAGGCGCAUCGCGACCUCCUCAAAAAAUAAAAAGUUCCUGAGUUCAUGUUACAUACAUAAAUGUUGCCAAAUGUUCAUAACUGCAGUGGUUGCACAUUUUUGUAAGUAUUUGCUGAUUGCGUAUGUAAUUCAGUUCUGCCAGGUGGCAUAAAAUGAUUGCGGUUUUUCUUUUCCUUGCAUAAACCGGGUUCUACGUGUAAUUAUUGCCAAAGCACGAAUCGUUCUAUAUCAUGCUGUAAGUUCAGGUUAUCUUUUUCCCCCCACCAUGGUUUGUCUAGCAGCAAUUAGAAAAUGUGAAAUCAAGUCCUUAAACUUUAUAUCCUUAUUAUGUCCUGUUAAAACAUAGGAAGCAAAAAUAAUUCCCAUAAUUCUUUGAGGGAAAGAAUGUGCUUUGAAUGCCCUUUAAAAGGAUGGCAUGUACCCAGCCUUAAUGCAGAAUCAAGGAACUAAGUUUAAAGCUGAUCUUAGGACCAGAUCAAAGCCGAAAUACAGAGUUCAAAGAGGCAACACUUGAGUUGCACUCUUUUCCCCACCUCUACUCAUGAUGUGCAUACCAAGCUCUCCUUACCCCUUACUUGAGUGAUACAGGAUAUUUUGCUACAAAAAUGGGGUAUUUCAGUUCUGUCUUACGGAAUCUGGGCAACAGGCAAGGCAAUCUGAAGCUGGUUCAGCAGGAAUGAUGUGUGACAGACAGUGGUCAGGAGUCUUCUGGUGGCUCAGACUGAAGAGGAGAGGACAACCCAGGUAGUAUUUAUAGGCAGGUGAGAGGUUGUCAUGUGACUACCUCCAGCCAAUCGGGAGCAGAAGGAAGUGUCCUGCUACUGCCCUCCAGUUUUCUGCUUCCUUCUUUCCCCCCAUCAAAGUGUGCAGGUAGGGGGCAACAACAGCUGGGAAACGAAGGGGCCUCACUCCAAGUCCAGCAGCAAAGCCGAGUCAUGGUUUGAUCAGGCGGAGAGAAAUGUAGGCAGGAGCAUCUUGGCCUCAGUGCUAUGGACUUCUUGUGUGGCCACCUUGCUAUCAGUCAGCCUCAGUGAUCCAUCUGUGAAAUGGGAAAAGGAGUGACAAGCAUGGCUGAAGUAUACCUGAAGGAGCGUCUCCACCCCCAUCGUUCUGCCUGGACACUGAGAUCCAGCGCUGAGGGCCUUCUGAUGGUUCCCUCACUGCGAGAAGCCAAGUUACAGGGAACCAGGCAGAGGGCCUUCUUGGUAGUAGCUCCCACCCUGUGGAACGCCCUCCCAUCAAAUGUCAAAGAGAAAAACAACUACCAGACUUUUAGAAGACAUCUGAAGGCAGCCCUGUUUAGGGAAGUUGUAAAAGAUUGAUGUUUUAAUGUAUUUUUAAUCUCUGUUGGAAGCCGCCCAGAGUGGCUGGAGAUACCCAGCCAGAUGGGCGGGGUACAAAUAAUAAAUUAUUAUUAUUAUUAUUAUUAUUAUUAUUAUUAUUAUGGCUUUAAGACGGUGAAGCACCUUGCAGAUGUUUAUAAAGGCUUUGCGCAAAGGGCGAGGUCAGUCGUGCUAAACUUGCCGCAUCUCACUUUGCACACAGGUGCUAACCCACCUGCGGUUCAUGUCUCACAUCUGCAUCGGUGUGCUGAUUGGACUGCUCUACCUGCACAUUGGCAAUGACGCCGCCAAGGUCUUCAACAACACCGGCUUCCUCUUCUUCUCCAUGCUCUUCCUCAUGUUCGCUGCCCUGAUGCCCACGGUCCUCACGUGUAAGCGCUCUGUCCCCAGAUGGAAGAGAAGCAAUACCCAACAUGAUGGCAUUGCGGUGGUCAGAUUUAGACGGGCGUGGGGAGGGCUGGAGCUCCCAAGUCCUUCUUGGCAGUUCAUCCUUUGCUGUGGCUUCCAAACUCCUGGCUUAAGAAGCAGAGAAAGUAGAGAGCCAGACUGUUGGUCCAUCUAAUUCACACUGUCUGGCACCACAUGCUCUCCUACUGAGCAACAUCCCUUCCCCAAGGAAGAUGUCAGCAGCUGUUGUAGAACUACCGUAUUUUUCACUCUAUUGGAUGCAAUUUUCCCCCUCCAAAAAUUAAGGGGAAAUGUGUGUGCGUCCUAUGGAGUGAAUGCAGGCUCCUCGGCUUCAGCGAUAGCAACGCGAAGCCUCUGAAGUGCAGAGGUGGCUAUCCCUGAAGCCUUUGGAGCGCAGUGGGACCUCGUGCUGCGCUCCGAAGGCUUCGGGUUCCUUUUGCUGAAGCCGGGAGAGCAAGACUCUCCUGGCUUCAGCAGAGAGGGAGAGCUGCGCAGCGCCCCUUCAGCGAAGCGGGAGGAGAAAUGGAAAGGGCUCCGUUUCUCCUGCCGCUUCGCUGAAGGGGCGCUGAGCAGAGAGGGGGAGAGUUUCUUUUUCUUUUUCUCCCCCUCUAAAACAAGGUGCGUCCUAUGGUCGGGUGCGUCCUAUAGAGCGAAAAAUAUGGUAACUCCCUAUCACUCAGAGGUGGGGAAUGGGGAACCUCCAGCCCAUGAGAGCCAGUGUGGUGUAGUGGUUAAGAGCGGUAGACUCGUAAUCUGGGGAACCGGGUUCGCGUCUCCGCUCCUCCACAUGCAGCUGCUGGGUGACCUUGGGCCAGUCACACUUCUCUGAAGUCUCUCAGCCCCACUCACCUCACAGAUUGUUUGUUGUGGGGGAGGAAGGGAAAGGAGAAUGUUAGCCGCUUUGAGACUCCUGAAGGGGAGUGAAAGGCGGGAUAUCAAAUCCAAACUCUUCUUCUUCUUCUUCUAAUACAGCCUGACAGGGUUCCCAGUUUGGCCUGUAAGGUAGUUUCCCCCAAACCACGCUGAUGUGCCCCAAACCUCACAUCAUAUAUAAUGUCAGGUGUGGAGCAGGUAGAGGCACAGCUGCAAAGGAACCAUCAGACGUCUUAAAGCACACUCUUGAUUCUUCCUCAGCAAGUGGGGUUUUUAAGUUUGGCAUCAGCUUCAAGCUCCGCCAAGAGUGGCUCCAAUUGGAAGCUCCUGAGUGGAGCCCAUCCCUGCCAGAGUUGGGUUCGCAAGUGCCCCCAACCACUGACCCACAGGCUCCGCUUUUGGAAGAGAUCUUCCCCUGCCGUUCAGUUCAGCCCAUGCCAGGCUGCAAAGAAAGAAAGGAAAGAAUUACCGUAUUUUUCACUCUAUAGGACGCACCGGACCAUAGGAGGGGGAGAACAGGAAAAAAAAAUUCUCCCCCUCUCUGCUCAGCGCCCCUUCAGCGAAGUGGCAGGAGAAAUGGAGCCCCUUCCAUUUCUCCUCCUGCUUCGCUGAAGGGGCACUGCACAGAGAGGGAAAACUGUGAAGCGCCUCUCCAGCGAAGCGAAGCCUGGAGAGCAGGAGUGAUCGGUGUGCACUGACCCCUCUCGCUCUCCAGGCUUCAGACGGCUAUCCGCAAGCCUUCGGAGCGCGGUGGGAACUCCUGCUGCGCUCCGAAGGUUUGCGGAUAGCUGCCUGAAGCCCCUGGAGCGCAGCGCUUCGGAGGCUUCGCGUUGCUAUCGCUGAAGCCAAGGAGCCUGCAUUCGCUCCAUAGGAUGCACACACAUUUCCCCUUCCUAUUUGGAGGGGGAAAAGUGCGUCCUAUAGAGCGAAAGAUACGGUAGGUCUUUCAAUGUGCUCCCAAUUCCUUGCUUUGAAGUGAAGCCACCUAUUGUCGUGGUGAUUGACAGCCCAGCCAGAUCCUCUUCCCCAGCCCUGCUCUGGCCCAGAAACAGCCUCCCUUCUUGGGCUGGCGGUUUGGAGGGACAGCUGCUUACACCAUGGGCACAUCCCCAGGCGGCAGAACCGAGGCCUCCUGUAGGGAAGUACACUGAACCCACAAGUGUGACGCUGUGCUCUGCUCUGUCUCCUUGUCCCUCCAGUCCCGCUAGAGAUGUCUGUGUUUCUGAGAGAGCAUCUGAACUACUGGUACAGCCUCAAGGCUUAUUUUCUAGCUAAAACGAUGGCGGAUAUUCCUUUUCAGGUAAGGCUUCUUCUGUACUCGUGUCAUUCUCCUAUCCCCACGUUCCCGACCAGGGAUGCCACAUUUCCCGCCCCCAACAGAAGCUCUGUGCCUUUAACCCAUGAAUGGGGAACUUGUAGGUUGCUGGGCUCCAUCUCCCACCCACCCAGAGCCUAAUUGCUGCAUGGCAGACAGAAGUUCAACAGGUUCAGCUCCCUCCCACGGGGGAUUCUAGAAUGUGCCUGUUUCUGCUCCCAAUGAUUUUUGCCUCCCCCAGCUAGCUGCCAUUUACACCAGGGAUGGCUAACCCAAAGCGAAACAACAAGGUGCCCACCCCCCUCCCUCUGAAACAUUGCUUACAAAUGUCACUUAAUAUGCAUUCGUAAUGGAUUCUCUUGAAAAUAUAAAACCAAAUAAACAUAGGUUUAUUUAUUUGGGAUGCGGGUGGCGCUGUGGGUUAAACCACGGAGCCUAGGACUUGCCGAUCAGAAGGUUGGCGGUUUGAAUCCCCACGAUGGAGUGAGCUCCUGUUGCUUGGUCCCUGCUCCUGCUAGCCUAGCAGUUCGAAAGCACGUCAAAGUGCAAGUAGAUAAAUAGGUACCGCUCCAGCGGGAAGGUAAACGGCGUUUCCGUGCGCUGCUCUGGUUCGCCAGAAGCGGCUUAGUCAUGCUGGCCACAUGACCCGGAAGCUGUACACCGGCUCCCUCGGCCGAUAAAGUCAGAUGAGCACCACAACCCCAGAGUUGGUCACGACUGGACCUAAUGGUCAGGGGUCCCUUUACAUUUAAUAUGCACUCUUAAUGGAUUCUCUUGAAAAUAUAAAACCAAAUAAACAUAAGUCUUAUAUGGUUUUAUAUUUUCAAGAGAAUCCAUUAAGAGUGCAUAUUUUGUGACUUUCAGAGAUUCAUUAGUUUUCUGUUUAUGUGAUUUCAUAUAUUUCAUAUUAUAUAAAGAGUGUAUAUUGACAUUGUAUCAUUGUAUUUGGUCAUCGUGUUGCCUUGGAUAUCACUGACUAUUGUUUGCAACACGGGGGUUAAAUUGUUUGGUUACAAACGUCACACCUGGCAAUGGCUCCCAGUGAGAUCUCGCAAGAAUCCUGCAAGAUCUCGCCAGAAGGGGCAAAUGGGGCACCUGCGGAAGCACUGCUCCACAAGAUUCUGCCAACCAAGGCAGCUGCCUCAGUCUGCCUCAUGGGUGGGCCAGCCCUGGGUGGUGGAGAGAAACCCCACACUUACAAAGUAGUGCUAACCUGCUUCCUGCUGCCCCCUGCAGGUAAUAUGCCCCAUUACUUACUGCAGUAUUGUGUAUUGGAUGACGGGCCAGCCUCCGGAAGCCACCCGAUUUCUGCUCUUCUCUGCUCUGGCCACUUCCACCGCCCUGGUGGCCCAGUCCUUGGGGCUCAUGAUUGGAGCAGCAUCCACCUCCUUACAAGUAAGACCAGGGAGGAAAGGGGCUGGUGGUGCUUUGGGUUUUCAGCACAGGGAUGAAGUCCUGUAAGAGGACAAGGGCUACCUGCACUGGAUCCAAGCAAGAUCUGUCCAGGCAGCAUCCUGUUCCCAGCAAUGGCCAUCCAAGGAAGCUGAAUGUUGGAAGGUUCAGACCCAACAAAGCAGUUCCUCAUGUCAGGAGUUCAGCCUACACCCGAGUAGGACCCUGGCAGAGACACAUGCCCAACUGGCAUGUUCUCUCCCUCCUGGUCGAUUGUUUGGGAGCUUCACAAGCUUUCUUCAGCCCAAACAUCACAGUGACCGAUGCCAACUGACACCGGCACACUUAGGGAUCCGCAGAGUUUGCGCAUCAUGCUCAUGAUAGACCUCAGCAACUCAGCAUUUUGGCUUAUCUACUUUAUUUACAUAUAAACACACACGGAGCAUUGCAACAUGGCUCCCUCUCUCUCUAGCAUCAGACAGCAAAGCGAAAAAGAAACAAAGGACAAUAGUCCCACUUCACGGAACACAGUAACACAAACAUCCUGUCUCCGUCACUUCCCACUCUGUGGAGUCAAAACAUAUAUCGUCAUGUGAAAGACAACAAUCCCAUGACUGCAAUCAUGGGGCAGGAAUUCUAACACUUCAUGCAGUGCUCAGUUAAACGAUGCAACUUGCGAAAAUCCGCCACCAGCGAGACCAAUUGUUUGAAAAAGACUGGAGUAAAUUUAUUUUAUAUUUGAAAGAACAUUGUAAAUCUCUGACACUAACAGGACUGAUUUAAAGGUUUUUGCAGUUUAGAAAUAGAAACUUACCUACAAUGAGAAGGAAUUUUAAGGAAUGAAAGUAGGUGGAUAGGGGGAAUUGGAAAUGCGAGGAAAUUAUGUAAAGAAGAUAGAAAGUUAGUUUGGGGGGAUGGAGGGGAGUUUGAGGCUGAGUCAAAUUAUAGGUGAUGAAAAGAUAUGUUAUAAAUGUUUGGUUGAAAAAUGAAAACUUAAUAAAUAUUAUCUUAAAACAACAACAACGACACAACUUGCUCCUGCAGUGAUGGCAGUAAUGGCCAUCAGCUUUGGGGCUUCGAAAGUGGAUUGGACAAAUGCAUGGCGGAGAGGACUAUCUAUGGUUACCCACCACCACGGCUGUCCUCUGGGAAGCGCAAGAGGGGAGAGGGCUCUUGUGCACGACUCCUGCUUGCAGGCUUCCCACAAGCAUCUGCGUGGCCACUGUGAGAACAGGAUGCUGGGCUAGAUUUGUCAUUGGUCUGAUCCUGCAGGCUCUUCCUGCAGAGAUAACUAGGAGUUGGUAACCUUUCUCUUGGUGCUCUCCUGCUCAUCAUAUGGAGAUUUAUUUUUGGUUUAAUUUUUCAAAAGGUGAAUGUGCACAGGUGCCCCAAUACCUGCACACAUACCCCAAAUCAUAGCUGUCAACGUUUUCCUUUUUUUAAGGGAAAUUCCCUUAUUCUGCAUAGGAUUCCUCACAAGAAAAGGGAAAAGUUGACAGCUAUGCGCCAAAUGUAGAGUUGCCAUAUUUCAAAAAGUAAAACCCAGGACUCCAAAAUUGUUGAGUGUUUUUUUUGGAAAAUCCAAAAGUUGUUGAGCUUUUUUCCUUUCGGAAAUCCCUCCUGAACAUGAAAUCCCAGGAAAAUCCAGCCAUAUGGCAGCCCUACCCAAAUGGGGAAAAGGGGAGGGAGGGGAAUAGUGCUUAUGGGGCUGGAACUAGAAUACACAGCAUGGAAACUUUCCAUGAAGAACUGCCCUCUGCUGUUGAAUAUAUAACAGUGCAUGGAAUAUCUGGCUGGGGGGCUGGGAAUUAAGAUUAAAAGAUGGAGUGUGUGAGUGCCAAUUGUAAGGAUGGGGGAGAAAUUCAAUUCCGUUCUCAUGUAAAGGUGAACCUCUUUAAUUCACACUUUCUGAAACCAUAAGAGAAUUGAAACGCAGCCAUCCUGCAAUGCAGUUCUCCCUAUAAUCAGAAUUGUAGAGUUGGAAGAGAACCCCAGGGUCAUCUAGUCCCAUCGCCUGCAAUGCAGGAAUCAUAGCCAAGUGUUGUGGGCAAAAAUGCGUAUACUAACGUAAAGUGUGCAUGAAACCACCGAUAGGAGUGAAAACAACAAACAACAAUGCAUUCUAUUGGGGAGAAAUUGCUUGGCAAAAAUGUGUAAAUAUUAGUCAAAGCCACGUGCAAAACUAUGGAGACCGUUGCACCAAAACGCUGUUGAAUUUGGUGGCAUAAAGUCCUUGUCUGGAAGUCCUCUUUAACUUGUGUGCCUCUUUCUCCCUUCCUUCCUUUGUCUUCCAGGUGGCCACCUUUGUGGGUCCUGUCACAGCCAUCCCCGUCCUCCUCUUUUCUGGCUUCUUUGUGAGUUUCAAGACCAUCCCUACCUACCUGCAGUGGAGUUCGUAUGUCUCUUAUGUCAGGUGGGGCUCCUAGCACACAUAAGCGCACCUCGCUGUAUUCCAAGGCUCUGCAAUGCAAUCUGGCCAGGGAUGUGCGCCAUGCACAGUAGCUUUUGCAUCGGUUGCUUCAAGAUGGGAUUGUUGCAAUGUGCUCAAUCCGAGGCUCAAUCUCUUGCGCAUAACCCGGAAAAUCCAGCUAGUGCAGAAUGCUGCAUCAGGGUUGUUGACAAGAGGGAAACUUCUGCUCAGAUACUUGUACCAGUUGCCCAAUCGCUACCGGGCCAAGUUCAAGGUGUUACUCUUCAUAUAUAAAGCUCCUGAAAGCUUGGGACCAGGAUAUGCAGAACUGGCAAUGUUAUAGGUGCUGCAUAAUACUCGUUCCACAUUUAUAAGAAAUCAUUCUUUCAGUGUGGCAGCCUCAAACCUGCUUAUUGACACCAGACAGGUGCCUUCACUGUACUGUUAUUGUCUCCUGCUAAAAACAUUUUUGUUUAGGCAAGCCUAUUCAGACAUGUAGAGUGUUGGCAUGCGUUUUAAUUUGCUUUUUAGCUGAUCUUGGGGCUUUAAUUAUUUUUUGCAGGUUUUCAGUUGUAGCUUUUAAUUGUUAGAGAAUGAUAAUUUCAGUGUUCUUUUUGUAAACCACCUCGAGGGUUGUUGUUUUUUGUUACAACCAGACAUAAACUUUAUUAAAGAAAUGUGCUGUUCUUGGCUGUGAAGGAAAUACAAAAACCUUGGUUUUAGCUCAGCCUGGUGUGGCAGUGAAAAGGACUGGGGAGGAGCAAAGGAGGGCACAUUUGAGCAGUAACAGGAAAUCAGGGUUUGCCUUACUAUGUCAUAUGAACCAGGUCAAAAUAUCAAACGCAUUUCAAAAUAGUAUAUUUUAAUCCAGAUUAACAAACUAACAAAACAACAGCAACAAACCAUUAGAAAUUCCUGAAACAUAUGAAAUACCUUCCAGGUUUCUUGAGCAACGUUAACGCACCAGGUCACGCAAGACUCAUGGGGUCCUAGCAAUGCUAGUCCUACUCAGAGUAGCUCCCCUGAAGUUAGUGCAAAUUUAAGCUUAUUCGUUUUAAUGGGUCUAUUCUGAGUAGGAUUUGGUUGGCUACAACCAGCAGUUCUUGAAAAAAGGGGGUGUAAAAAUAUGUCCCAUUUUCAACUUUUGCAAGUCAUUGGAGUAUCUUCAGGUUGCCUUCAGCUUAGUCCUGCUCAGAGUAGACCCAUUGAAAUUACUGGAGCUAAGUUAGCAGUGUCCAUAAACUUCAGUUGGUCUGCUCUGAGUAGGACAAGCAGUGAAUACCACCCUGUGAACACCCCAGGUUUUUUAGCUUUCAUUUGGAAGUAGCCUAAAAGUUCAGGGAUCUCUGAAUAUGCAUUGGUGUUAUAUUUACAACACUGUUUUGUAUCUUGGCAUACAGGUACGGCUUUGAAGGUGUGAUCCUCACCAUCUACUCCUUGGAGCGGGAAGAAUUGGAAUGUAAGGUACCCGAUUGUCCUUUCAAGGACCCGAUAAAGAUACUCCAGGAAUUGGACGUGGAGGAAGCUAAGCUCUACCUUGACUUCAUCGUCCUAGGGAUUUUUUUCGUCAUCCUCAGGCUCAUGGCUUACCUCACCCUGAAGUACAAGGUGAAGUCCGAAAGAUAA